GACGUUCGUUGGAUGUGUGCUAAGGGGAAAAUAAAUGUUUAUUAGUAAUUUAGCAGGUGUCCGUCGUGUAUUGACUAACGUGCUAGCUGCUAUUAAUUUAUUAAUAAAUCGUAUUUUAUAAAGAUUGUUUGAGUGUAUGUACAUAGGGAUAAGUAUCUCAGUACCUAAAAUCAGUAAGAUUGUUCUGUGAGAGGAAGAUGACGGAUUUUAUGUACAAUAGUGUUCUUAUUUCCGCAUAAUUGUGUUCGUUAGUCGAGAUGAGUGCUAGCACGAGAUCAGCCAAAGUUAGCUUAAAGCCCAUCGAAGUGCCGAAAGCUUUGCAGGAUGGAGAAAAAUUUAUUAAAUGGGAUGAGGAUUCCGGGACAGGCCUUCCAGUUACCUUGAGGGUUGAUCCUAAUGGCUUCUACCUGUACUGGACUGAUCAGAACAUGGAGGUGGAGUUGCUAGACAUUGUCACCAUCAGAGAUGUCAGAACUGGAGUUCAUGCUAAAGUGCCAAAAGAUCCGAAAAUCCGCAACGUCGUCCUCAUCGGGAGCCAAGGGUCGCUCGAAGAGAAGACGGUCACGGUUUGUCACGGCACGGACUUCGUCAACGUGAAUUUCAUUAACUUCUGCUGCACUAGGAAGGAAAUUGCACAGUUAUGGACCGAAGAGUUGUUUGCGUUGGCUUACAACUUGAACCAGUUCAACAAUCCAACGGUGAAGUUUCUAGAGAAAUUGCACACGAAGAUAACGUUAAAGGCUGACAAAUCGGGGAAAAUUCUCGUCAAGAACAUUGUCCGCCAAUUCGCGCAGAACAAGGAAGACAAGAAGCGUGUGGAGAAAGCGCUCAGUGAGUCUGGUCUUCCGACGGGCAAGAACGAUACCAUCAGCCAGUCCAAGUUCCAGUUCGAAGACUUCUUUGCUUUCUACAAGAGUCUCACGCAGAGAACCGAAGUACAGAAGAUAUUUAACGGACUAACGGACGGAAAACCUUAUCUAUCAGCGACUCAAUUAGUAGACUUUUUAAACGACGUGCAAAGGGAUCCACGUCUCAAUGAGAUAUUGCAUCCGUACGCUGAUCUCCAGCGAGCGAAAGACCUCAUAAAAGCUUACGAACACAAUAAGUAUCAUCAGCAAAGAUCGCAGCUAACCUUCGAUGGAUUCCUCAGGUUCCUAAUGUCUGAAGACAAUCCUAUAGUGGCACCAAACAAGUUGGAUUUGUGCGACGACAUGGAUCAGCCAUUAGCUCAUUAUUUCAUCAACAGCUCCCACAACACGUAUCUAACCGGCCAUCAGAUAACUGGCAAGUCUAGCGUCGAGAUAUACAGGCAGAGCUUGCUAGCCGGGUGCAGAUGCGUGGAGUUGGACUUCUGGAAUGGUCGAACCGAAGAGCCGGUCAUCGUUCACGGUUACACGUUCGUGCCGGAGAUAAGCGCCAGGGAAGUGUUGGAGGCGAUAGCGGAGAGCGCCUUCAAGACUUCCGAUUUUCCGGUUAUUUUGAGUUUCGAGAACCACUGCAACCCGCGCCAGCAGGCGAAGAUAGCCAACUACUGUAGAGAGAUUUUCGGGGACAUGCUGCUCGAUAAGCCUCUGGACUCGCACCAGUUGGAACCAGGAGGCGAACUUCCACCGCCUUCGUUGCUACGGCACAAAAUAAUAAUUAAAAACAAAAAGAAGCAUCAUCACCAUCACAAGAAGGAGGACACACCGCCGAUAGAGGAGUGCGAGCAGAGAGCCGAGCUGACAACGCAGGGGAACGGCGAGAUGACCCACGCCACUUUAGGCAGACAAGGCUCGAAGGAUUCGUCCGAGUCGUCGGAGUCGGAGAGCUCGUCUGGCGAGGAGGAGGCGGGGGGCGCGGAGGGCGGCGCGGCGGGGGGCGAGGGCGAGCCGCGCGAGUGUCACGCCGCCGCCGAGAUCUCCGCGCUCGUCAACUACGUGCAGCCCGUGCACUUUAGCUCGUUCGAGAGCGCCGAGAAAAAGAAUCGUUUCUACGAGAUGUCAUCGUUCGACGAGAAACAAGCGACCACGCUGCUGAAGGAACGUCCCAUCGAGUUCGUGAACUACAACAAGCACCAGCUGUCCCGGGUGUACCCGGCCGGGACCAGGUUCGACUCGUCCAACUUCAUGCCACAGGUCUUCUGGAACGCGGGUUGUCAAUUAGUCGCUCUCAACUAUCAAACUUUGGACCUCGCCAUGCAGCUCAACCUAGGCACGUUCGAGUACAACAAGCGAUGCGGAUUCCUAUUGAAACCUGAAUUUAUGAGGAGAAAGGAUCGACGUUUGGAUCCAUUCGCGGAGAGCACAGUGGACGGCAUCAUAGCCGGCAGUCUCACCGUGACGGUCCUGUCAGGGCAGCUACUGACCGACAAGCGUUGCGGCACGUACGUGGAGGUGGACAUGUUCGGUCUGCCGGCCGACACCGUCAGGAAGAAGUUCCGCACCCGGGUCGUGCCCAAUAACGGAAUCAAUCCGAUUUACGGAGACGAACCCUUCGAAUUUAAGAAGGUGGUGCUGCCGGAGCUGGCGAUGCUGCGGGUGGCGGCGCACGAGGAGGGCGGGCGGCUGCUAGGGCACCGCGUGGUGCCGGUGCGCGGGCUGCGGCCCGGCCUGCGCGCGCUGCCGCUGCGCACGGAGCGGGGCCUGCCGCUGCACGCCGCGCUGCUGCUGCACGUGCAGGUCAAGGACUACGUGCCGGACAAGCUGUCGGAGCUGGCGGAGGCCCUGGCCAACCCCAUAAAGUACCAGAGCGAGCUGGACAAGCGCGAGCACCAGCUGGCCGUGCUCACCGACGGCACCGACGAGCCCGAGCAGGAGCCGCGCCGCUCCGUCGCGCAGCCGGUAAGACACGAGGCGGUGCCGGAGAGCAGUCCCAGUAAGUUGGCCUUGGAGACCAAGAAGUUAAUAGAGACCGAGUCCAUUGUGACCCUGCCGAUACCGCCGCCGACUGAUACUAAAGAGCAAGAGAAGAAAGCGAACGGCACGGACGAGAGCCUGGCUGAGACCUUAGAAACAUUGCUGAACUCGAAGCUGGUGCGGUUAAAAGAAGCCGAGCUGGCCCGCAAGCUGGACACGCUGCGCCGCAAGUUCGAUAAGGACAAGAAGCCCUUCUCGGCCAAGUUCUACGUCAGCAACAAGCUCGUUAAGAAGCUCUCGUCCAAUAACAUGUGCGGUGAGGCGGGGGGCAGCGGCGCGGCGGAGGAGGGCGCGGCGGAGGAGCGCGCGCUGCGGCUGCGCUACCACCACGCCAUCUACGCCGCGCUCGAGAAGCACGUGCGCGCCGACCACUCGCAGCAGAUGAAGACGCUCAGCGAUCUGUUAGAAGUCGAGAAGAAGGAAAUAUUAAAUCGACUAGCAAACUCGCGGAAGGAAGACGUCAAAGCGCUCGCCAAAAAGACAAAUCGUGAUAAAGACGAGAUACAGAGGAUAAAGAGAGAGAUCCACUCGCAGAGCGUGGAGCGUGGCGUGUCGGAAUGUUGCCGGCUAGAGCAAGCCUACACCAAGCGGCGCGAGCAGCUCGCCCGCGACCACGAGAAGCUGCUGCAGAUGCUGCUCAAACACCGAGAUCAGGAGCUCGUGAAGCUGGACCGUCUGUGCGGGGGCGCGCCGGAGGGCUAGCGGUCCUGCCCAGUGACCGUUUUGUUUAGGAAUCUGUGAUAUUAUCGCCUAAGGAGCGAACGGCAGGAUCGCUAUCUCACUAGAGCUCGCCCGCUGUCGAUCGAUAAGCGUAUCGAUAUCGAUCCGGACGCCUAGCUCUAUGUGAUCGGGCCGAUUCGUCUCGAGUCUCGUGCUGCUGCAUUUAACUAGUCGAUAGUGAUUCGAUCGGAGACGCGCAAGGGACAGGAACGUCUUAGACCGACUCGGACCGUGAGCCUUACUGUUUGUCGAUAGUUCGAUAGUUCGCCGCCCCACGUAGCCGGCUCAAGUCCAUACAUAUCUUGGCACGAGAUGCUCUCAUCGAUAAUGUUGCACAGCACUAUCCGAGAGAUAUUCCUUUCUGCAAUGUAAACUUCUGCGUAGCGUUUAGCGUCCGUCGAUCAAUUGUUAAAGAUCUGAAAUUUAUUCUUAUGAAUGGUUAUUCCAAUGUCUGGUUAGUGAACGGUUCGAAAUGUUUUUUUCUAAUUAUUAUUAUUAUUAUUUAUUUUAUUUCAGAAUCUAUUUUUACAAAAGCUAUACAAUUUAUCCUUUCUACUGAGAUUUUUAAUUUCGAUUUACAUUUAAAAUCGUAAAAUGCAGCACAUAUUAAGAUUUACUAAUUACUAAUUUUUGCAGAAUCGUAUUCUAUUAAGUAUCUAAUAAUAACGUGUGUGUGUGUGUGUGUAUCGGUCGAAUAUUUAUAAAUGUAGUGUAAAUAUUGUUUGCAGCGUACAAAAGAAUAUUAACCGACAUUAGUAAGCGUAGGUUGUAGAUUAACAUUCCAAACGAUCGCUUAGUCAUUUACAUAAUGUAGGGUAGCAAGUUAAUUAAUGCUUAGAGAGGGGACACUGUAGUGUUGAUUGUCGUAAACGAUUUAGUGGCGAGAUUGUUUUAUCGAUAUUGAAUCGCGGCUUAGAGGUCGUUCCCUUGUAUAAGCAUUCUAUAUCGAAAAAUAUUUCUCAGCUUCGAUUUAGAAACGACAGUAAAGACAUUGACGUUAUAUAGUUUGUCACAACCACAAUAACUAGCAAUAACACGUAUACUUAUAACAGUUCGUAGUUUAUGAAAGAUAUGAAAUAAUCUGAAACAGCAAUAAUUAUAUACUUAAAUAGCAGUAGGUGUUCGUAAAGUUCUCCGCGCUUAGAAACUGAAAGGCUCAAAUUUUAAUUCUUCCCGGCUCUGUAUAGAUGUCGCUUCCUUGAAAACGGCACAGGUUCAUGUGAUACAAUAUUACCUCUCUACUCUAUGUCAUGUGCAAUAAGUAUCAUAAUUAAAUGAAUUUAGCCUUUCAUUGUAGUUUAAAACAGACUGCCGAUAUCGUAAAACGCUUAUUAGAAUAAUCUUCUAGGAGUUCUUUGUAAAACGUCCCCUUAACAAAACCUGAACACUUUCCUUUUGAAAUAUAUCUUCAAUAGUCCUCAGUCUACGACUAAAAGCUUUAAACCGCUCUAUUAUAGAAUUUAUAUAAUACUAAUGGUGCUUCUUCUUUUAUAAUUUAUGCUUAAAUGUACUUACGCAAAAUGUAAAUUAGGUUUUGAAUCGAAUAAGGGUAUUUAGAGUGUCGACGAUUAAAAAAAUCGAUACUAUAAUAUCGAUUUUAUUUAUUUGCUUAUUCGUUUCGCAGCCUUGUCAUUAUAUUAACAGUUACUAGUCUCACAAAGUUUAGUCAGAAAAAAAAAACUUCGAAACAUUCUAAAUGUCUUUUGGAUAAUUUAACUAAGGAUAAUUCACAAAAUACAUGGAUUUUAACUCAGGAAACAAUUGUAUGUCUGUUUGCGUAUUACAGAAUGCUUGUUAGGUCCCUAUCGCUACGUCUUUUGAUAGCUGUUUACAGUUUGUAGAACGAAAGUUACGCGAUAAAGAUUAUACAGAUUUCAAAAUUUUCAUAAUUUAACUUCAGAAGUAAAAACAAUUUAAAUUUAAUAAAACACUAUAUAUAAUAAAAAUUAUAAACAAUAACAAUUAAAACCAUAACCGUCAGUCUGUGUACAAUAGUAAAACAAUUUCAAUAAAUGUCUAGUCUUCUUUUAUUAAUAACGAGUGCAUACUUCAGUAAUACAAUUAAGUGAAAUAUUAAGAUUGGGAUUCAAUAUACUCUAAAGAACAAAAACAAUUAUGAUUUUAGAGACAUCUUCCUUCUCGCGUCGUCUUCCUCGUUACUGAGGGUCGUGAUACCCCUGAUGAGAGAUUAUUUUCUCUUUAAUGAUGCUUCUCUGUCUGUCUGUGUGUUGAGGAAUAAUAAUCGUAAAAUAAUUAGUAGAUCUGAAUGUUUAAGUUUUGAUGUUAACUAAAUAAUAUGAACUACGUUAUUUUGGAAUCUGAUUUGAUAUCUGAAAUGUACAGAUUUUUUUUGUAGGCUUGGGCAGACAAUCAUAUAUGGCCCCUUAUGUGGUGAAUCCGUGAAUGUCAAAUUAAAAGCCUUUCAUCUUCAAAUGCGACUAAUGUUGUUGUGUUUUUGGAACAUUAAAAACAAACGGUGAUAUGGGAAAAUAUAUUAAAACUAAUUUUACAAGAAUACUCAACGAUUGAUGCAUUAAGAUUUUAAUGUAACCCAUGUACCUAUCCCAUAUCGUAAAAAAAAGUAGCGGUCAUAACAUAGAUAUAACAAAGUAAAGGUUGCCAUUUUAAAAAAAACUUGCAUGUGUUUAUCUUCAUAAAGAAUUGCGUUUUCAUAAAAAUAAAUGUUUUUUUUUUUUAAUUGAAUCUACCGUGAUAUCAAAUGUGAAACUCUCGAUCGAAAACUCCUUAGUGUCAUUUAUUUUAAUUCUAAACAGCAUUGUUCUCGUAUUUUUCUCGGUGACAAAAAUUGUAUUGUGAAAGUGCCACGAAUAUUUUUGUCUAUUUUAUACUUCCUGUUGUCGUUAUAUAUACAUAUUUUAUUACGAUUAUUUACAUAAUAGUAUUAUUAACCUUGUUAAAUUUAUCUUCUGGGUGUGAGAGAAGGCAUGGUAUUAACUGCGUAUGCGUUUCGAAACCCUGUUUAUCUGAUCUUUUAAAUCAGAAAUCACUUCUAACGAUUGACUUGCAGAUUUUUAUGUAAUUAUAAAAAAAAAAUUAAAACAGGGAAUCUCCUAUCUAUUUCUCUACUAUAUUUAUCGAUAUUUCUACAUACAAAUAAUAUAACCUUUUAGCUAUUUCAACGUGUGAUGUACUAAUAUGUCUUAGAUUAUAUUAUAAUAUGUAGGUGUAAUACUAUAUGAUAUGUAUCUUUAGGGCUUUGUGAUUGCGUUAAAGCAGCUGUGAAUGAUUAUAUGCAGAAGCGAAACUAACACUAUCGAUUUUUAGCCGUUUAUCGUUAAUAUCGUUAAAAUCGAUUUUAAUCGUAAAUCGAGUCACGCUUUCACAGCACCACCACUAUCGAUUUUCAUUAAAUGCAUCGAUUUUUUUAUAAUCGAUUAACAAACAACUGUACGCGGUGUCAGUUACUGGCGGUGUUGUGAGACAUUUUCAAUAUUCGAAUUUGUAAUCUAAGAGCUGUCGUAUAGAGUUGACAAUGCUAUACUUGAUUUCCGAAUAGUUCUCAAAUUUAAUUAGAACUUAGAAUGGUAAUAAUAGUCACGGUGUAUCGUAAUAUAGAUAUUGUGUACAUGAAAAUACGACUUAUCUUGCCUUGAUCUAAAUUAAAUUUGUCUUAGGUAAAGCGUGUUAUGUCGCAAAUAAACUUUAGGUGGACCACAGCGACUUUAUUUCUAUAAAUUAGUUCGAUGGCCUAAGUAAGCAUAUUGUAUCGUAGACUGUAUUUAUGCACGUGUGUUCCUUUUAAAAUGUAAAUAGAUGUUGCUCCAAAAUAGAAUAUUUAGUGUACAACUCCAUUUGCUAACUUACUUGUCAUAUUUUGUGUGAGUAACAGAUCUUCUGAAAUAACACACUUCCCUCAAAACCUAUUGAGAAUUAAUAUAUAUUUUUUGUCUACACGAUUCUAAACAUCUAAACAUCGACAACUUGCUUACACAGUCAGUAUAUAAAGGAAAUCUUGCUAUAUGCGUUUUGAAAUGGUAGUAUAACAUCUUUACGCAAUCUCGCGAGAUAAACACGAGUCUGACAUAGACAAUUUUCAGUUUUUUUACGAUUCAAUUUGAUUUCACAUCUUCUUUUCAUCAGUGCUUGUUUUAAUACAAAUAGAACUUUAAAUAAUUUAAUGAAAAUGUUAUUAGUGUACACAGUUUGUACUUCAAACAAAUUUAAUGAAUAAAAAAAAACAAUUCCACGUUAUUUUAGAAGAUCGACUCCAACCAAUGUAGUAUAUAUUUGUGGUUAGAAGAUCUACUUCAAUAUAGUAUAUAUCGCUGUGGUUUAGUAUUGAAUUAAAUAUAUUGUAUUCGAAUUUCGUAUGACUCUGCCAAAUAGAUGUUAAGGAAUAGAUUUCUUAGUACUGAGACCGACAGCAGCUUCGAGAGAUCGUUUAAGAGUUAAGUCGUCUAUGUCCGAUGUCUUGUACGAGAAUAGAGGGAUAUGUACUUAUUUUAGCUUGUUUGAGGGUAGUUAAUAUAUUGCAGGUAACAUUUUAAUGUUACCCUGUUGUUUAGAUAUUAGUCAUAGGUAAAUCUGUUCUAUUGUUAUGGCAUUUUAUACUUAAACUCAUUUAGAUUUUCAUAAAAACUUUUUUGAUAAGUGUUUGAGUGAUGCGAUUUUGAAGGUGAUUCUUGAAUGGCGAAUCAUUAGAGCGCUUUCCUUGAUUUUGACCUUGACUAAUAGUUUUUCUUUCAUGAAGCCAGCCGCUUUGUCUUUUUCGCAUUUCUUCCAUAUUUUAAUAUAAAGAUUGAUGAUAGAAUUAGGUUGAACUCUUUAGUUUUAUUUGGUACAUAACAUACAUACAGGGUGUCGCUCACGCUCGAAGUCAACAUGGCAAUGAUAUUAACAAAUCACUAACGCAUACCGAUGAAAAUCUAUCGGAUGCAGUAUGCGUUCCUUAGAAUAAUCACUUUGUUAUGUGUACGACAUCAAAGUCAGUCAGGACCGAUGUGACGAUUGUUGUUGUUGUUGGGAUAGGUUUGAGUACACCCUGUAUAUACAUCAGAUUUUUCUCAUUACGCUCACUGCGACCAAGUCCGGUCUUUACGUUGAGAUGAUUCGUAAAGCGAUUUAUUAAGCAUUCGAUGAGUCCAAAAUGUUAUGUAAAGUUUUUAUGGAACAAUAAUCUGAAGCCAAUCAAUUGAGAUGGUUAAUUAAUAGAUUCUUUGCAUUAUGUAGCUAGCUACGUCGCCGUCUGGGUUUCGUUAUGGUUAUAGAGUUUAGUUGAAUUCUGUUGUGUGCUAAUAAUCCUAACACUGAGUUCUGUUUGCGUUUAGUGCAACAAAUUGGUUGUCAUGGAUUAGUGUUUGAACGUUGAGCAUCUAAAGUUCCGAGAAGUAUUGUAAUGUUGAUGCGUUGACGUGUAUUUUCUCACAACUAACAUCUCCGCCUCGAGCUUUGUUAUACUCUAUUCAGAUUACGAAGUUUCUUUUGACACUUAGAACGUAACUCUUCACGUUUCGCAUAGUUUGAAAUAAUAAUA